AUGCUAUCGCUUGACAUUACGGGCGCGUAUGACGCGGUCAGAAGGGAGACACUACUGCUAGCCCUACAGGAGGCCUCGGUCCCAGAGGAGAUCCAGGAAACGAUCAUGGCGAUUCACAACCAGGCCCAAAUAAAGAUUUCCCACUGUGGUCAGGAGGACACCAUACCGCUCAGAACUGGCCUUCGGCAGGGAUGCGGGCUCUCGCCCGCCCUGUGGGCCUUGAUCGCAGGAUGGUUGCUUCGCGGAUUGCAGGUUGCCCCUGAAGAUAUGGCGGCUGAGGUGAACACGUCCUAUGCGGACGACCUCCUCUUCAAGUGGAUUAUCCGCUCUGGCAAAGCGCUGGAGGCUGCGUGUCGGCAAAUCCGCGCGGUCUUGGAGCACUUAGCCGACCAUGGCCUAUACGGCGAAGACGGUGUCAAGGGCAAGGACGUGGAUCUACGACUCGUAGACCAGCAUGUCUACCUGGGAGCGAUCAUCUCCUACCGCAAACCGGAGCAGGCAACGGUACAGCAUCGCGUGACGCUUGCCAAGGGCCAGUUCGCUCGCCUCAAACCGGUGUUGAAGUGUCAG